UCUAUUCUUCUAACAGUCACGAAGUGAACGUCCCUCAAACGACACAAUCUUUCCAACAGUGUGAGGCUGGUGGAGAGGGGAUCUUCUCUUCUCUGGCUCUCCACAUCAGUUGGUCAUAAUUUCAACAUCUGGAGAGAUGGGGUGCUGCUUAUAAUCCUGCUGUAUAAUCAUAUCCAUUAAUGUUGGCCAUUUUCUUGUGUUAGAAGAUUCCUUAGUCCUGAGGUGAGUACUGCUCUUUAUCUCUUCUCUGUAGUUGGAGCAUGGGUUGACAUACAUGUGCUAGCUAGAUUAAAGGCAGCACAUCUAAAAAUAAGUGAUGACAUGGCAGCAUGGGCAUCAGUGCAGGUCAGCAAUAUGAGUAUGUAUCUAGGAUUCCUGGCAGACUUGUACAGCUUCAACUAAAAUUUGUGGUACUGUGACUUCAUUGCUGUUCUCAAUACUACUAGUUGAAUUAAAGCUAAUGUGGGUAUGUCAGCCCAUAUGGCAAUUGCAUCUUCAACUGCGGUAAACUUACUCAGUGGCCGUUGUGCACCAGGGAAGAAUUUAGUUCAGUGAGUUUCAUGGCAUAACGAACACCUAAAGAAAUGAUACAACAGACCAUAUCUCUUAUUUCAUACAAACAUUUAUCACUGAAGCAUUUCAGAACAGGAGCAUUUAAUGGAAUACACUUUCAGCUUCUUUGAACUGUUUUCAUUUCAGAGCAUGACUGCAGUUAGUUCUUACCAUUAAAUACAUUCAGCAGUGGGUCACCCACAGCAAUAUAGAAAUGAAAUCACCUUAUGAUUCUGUAAAAUUCGUAUACUGAAUGUUUUGCUUCUGAGUAUUGUUCUUGGGUUUUUGUCAGUGUUUUUCUAAACUUGGAGUUCAUUGUCAGUCAGCCAUAUUUCAACAGUCUUCGGAAGCUGUUUUUUAUUUCGAGAGUCCAAGUUCCCAAGCAACCAGGAUCUGAAAAUGGCUAUCCUAACUUGUAUUUACUCUUGUUGCCUGGGAACCUUACUAGUGGCUACACACCUCACUGCAAACAUGCAGUAAGAUCACUGAAUGGUACUUACGGUCCCCAGUUGAUUUUUCAUUUUAGAAAUAGUUUGGUUUGAAAGAUACAGGUCAGCGUUAUAAUCUUUGAUUGUGUCUCCACCAAUAUGAGCAGUCAAGAAGUGGCCACCCUGAAUGUGGGAGGUUUGAAAUUUACAACACGGGCUUCCACCCUGCAGAAGUUCCCAGAGUCCAGGUUAGCACGGAUGUUGAAUGGCAAUGACCACGAAUUCAGGCUGGUGAAUGGACAAUUCUUUGUGGACAGAGAUGGAACUUUGUUUAAUUACAUCCUAGAUUUUUUGAGGACACUCCAGGUUUCUCUACCCACUGACUUUUCAGACUAUCAGAGGCUGCAAAGAGAAGCAGACUUCUAUGAGCUUCAUUCCCUGGCUGAGCUUCUGAACCAGGAAAACUUGCUGAAGCCGAGACCAGAGAUCUUGGAAGUGCGCUUCUUGCUCCAGGAAACUCAGGCUUUCUUCCGAGUCUUUGGCUCUUGCAGCAAUACUAUUGAGGUACUGGCUGGAUGGGUCACUAUGUUUACAGAGCAGUCUUUAAGAUGGAAAUGGAGUAAUGAUACUUUUCCUUCUCUGAAACAACUCACUCCACUCCCUUUGGAGAGACCGUCUCAUCAUGACCUGGUUUUUCAAUGUGGCACUGACUAUUCUGCUGGUGACCAGCUGGUGGCAAGGUAUGUUUCUAUAAAACCCGAUCCUAGAAAGCUGAUUAAUGGAACUAAUGUUCUAGGCUUACUGGUUGACACUUUACUUAAAGAAGGAUUUCACCUUGUGAGUACCAGAACAGUCUCUACUGAAGAAAAAGUUGAAUGCUACAGUUUUGAAAGGCUGAAGAGACCAGAAGCCCUUGUCUUCCAUGCCAAGGAAAGCCAAGAGAACACUGGUGGAGCACCGAGGAAGUUAACCACAGUGCAGAAGCGGAAAUGAAACCCAUUUCCUUACUGCCUACUUUUUUGAAUCUGUGAAGAGCCAUGUGUAGACAUUACUAAUCCUACUAUUCCUACUAUUUCUUUUUAUUUUAAAUUGCAACUAUUGAAGGUGAUAAACUGAGAAAACAACCCCCCCCCCUUUCCUUCAGCCAUUUAAUAGAGAAGCGAAGUUCUUAUUUUUCUCCUGUUCACCCUUUUGGAGCAGGGUAGAAUACUUACACACUGAAUUUGUAGUUCAAUAUCAAGCAGUUAAAUGUGCAACACAAUUUCAAAAACUGAGAUGGGCAUAAUGGAAAAAAUGAGCCAUGCUGGGAAUAAAGGGAGUCCCUAAAGAGAGGUUCUUGCACUUCUUGCAGAAUAUCACAAAGGAGGCUUUAAAUACUUACAUAAGCAAGCUAAGUAGUAAUAAGGCCCACUGAACCUUCUCUUCUAAAACCUUUUUAGAAGAUUCAUAGAUGGCUGGAAAAAAAUCUUCAUUUGAAUGAUUACGUACUAUUUCUGCAAGCAAAAACUAUGAACAGACUGCUUUCAAUUAAUUAAGAAACAACAUUGUGGAAAUAUCACAGAUCAUGCUCCAGUCUUUUAUCUAUGAAACAACCAUUAGUUCAGUGUAUUAGCUCCUCUUGUAGGAUCCCCCAAGAAAAACCUAUUAAGCAGUCUUUCAGUGCUCUGAAGUUAAUAAAUGUAAUAUUAAAAAAGCAUCUUCUAUGCAAUGUGUGGCAGGUUGUAAUGAAAGGUCAGUUAAUUAGUAGUGUCCUAAGUACAAAAAUAACAAAGACUGAAUUGCUUUUCAGUAGAAACGAACAGGCUGGAAUUAUUAACUAAAAUAGUUCAAAGAACUUUUCAGCAUUUGCCAAAUGCAAAGGACAGCCAGGGUGAAGAGCUGACCAAGGUGACUUUAAGACAUGGCGACGUUGUUCAGUCCCUAAUGCUUGCACCAGAAAUUAGUACUGCCUCAUGACUACUCUUAAAUUAUGAUGGUUUGAAGCAGUUCUAAAAAUGUGGGAGGUUCUGAGCCCAUCCCUUCCUCAAGUGUGUGACUAUGCCAGGAAAGGGUGGCAUAGUAGUGGACUCUGUCAAUUAACACUUUCCCCUGCUCUGGUAAGGCCUAUUAAUGGCAACUUUAGGAUGGUACAAGGGAGCUUGGGAGAGGAUCUGUCCCAGUAGAUCACUGCUAUUAAGGAGAGGUUGUGGAGUUGCCAAGAAAGCAAAGACCAUCUUGAAUGUUUAACUCUGUGUGGCUUCCUAGUAUUGAAUCCUCAUAGAAGCUGUAAACAUCUCCAGUUGAGGACAAUCAAUGACUGUAAGAUGUACUUGACAACCACUUUAACAGGAAAAGAAAAUGGACUUGACUGUACCCAAGGUCUGUAAUGAAGUAAACUAAGACUUUUAAUAACCUUUUGUAAUGGAAAACAUUGGACUGAUUCACAUACUGCAGAAAUCUUCCUCAUAAUGUGUUUUUUAUUCUUAGUUGUGUUGAAAUAAAAAAUGAUUUUUAAAAAUACUUUCUCCCUUCUAGUGGAUUAUUUGUGAUCUUUGCCCUCUUUCCAUAGCCCAAACUGAUCACAUUAAAGUAUUUUAACAGACUUUAAAUAGGGCAGUUACUACUGGGCUAACCUCAGUGUUUCUGGGUCCUCUAACUAUUUAAAUGACUUGUGCUUCAAAUUUUAUUAUACAGGAUUACUACUAAUGGUUGCUAAAUACCAGUUUUAUGUGUAUAACAUAAAAGGAAAAAUGCAUAUUUGAGAAACAGGUGUUUUAGCCAAAAAGUGUUUAACUCAGUUUUCUAGCCUGCAAGUUCUUAGAGGUAGAUAACCUUAGCUUUUGAAGACAGUUUUGCACUAAGACAUUACUUCAUAGAACACUAGAACUGGAAGGGAGCUCGACAGGU